AUGAGUCGUUCUAAUAAUCGUACGUCGGAUUAUCUGCUGGCUUCAGCAGAACAUACAGGUGCAUCAUUAUUUCCUUCUGGUUUACUUAUGUAUGAUUUACCAUCAUUACGUCGAACAGCAUCUCGAACAUUGAAUAAUGUUGAAUUAAUUGAUCGACAACCAUUAUCAUCAUCAUCAUCAUCACGAAAGCGAUCACCAUCACCAGUACCUUCUUCUUCAUCUUCUCCUUCGUCAAUAGCCGAUGUUGAUUUAUCGGUCGAUGAUGAAUCAAAUCAAAAAAAUUUAACAACAUCAGAAGAUUGGUGGCGUCAAGCAAUUGAACCAAUACCAACAAAAACAAUUUCUAUAUCUCAUUCAGCAUUUAGUAUGAAUGAUGAUGAUAUAUCAAAUGAUACAAGUCAAUUAUUUUCUCUAUUACCAUCAUUUAAUUCAACACAAAGAAUAAUUGUACAUAAUCAAUUAUUGACUACUUUAACACAAAUCUAUUCUGAUAAAGCACUUGAUUAUGUUAAACAAUGGUAUGAACAUCAUUCAGUACCAAAUUUAAAUAUUUUAAUAAAACGUGGUUUAUUAAAAAUUUAUAAAGAAAAAUCAAUUCGAAUGACAAUUAAUAAUAAAAAAGAAAUCUUUGGACAAUUAGAUAAAAAUGGUAAAAUUAUAUCAACAUUUGAUAAUCGAUUAUUUGAUUCAAUUGAACAUUUUUAUCAAACAUAUCAAUCACGUCGUAAAAGAAAUGAAAAUUUAGCAAUUAUUUAUGAAUCCGUAUAUUGGUAUGAUCAAUCAUUUCAUUCAAUAUUACUUGAAUAUGCUGAAACAAUUGUAAAAAUUUCUGGUAUGAAAACUCGAUUAAUAACGGAUGAUGAACUUCUAUCAAAUAAUUCAUCAAUUGAUAUCUUGCCAAAAGAAAUUCUUUGUCAAAUUAAUUGUUGGAAUGAAGGUCGAAAUGAAAUCGAUCUAUAA